CGGGAGCUGGAAGGAGCACGAUUUCCUGGGCCAGGCCGAGCUGGCUGGCGUCUCCCGCGGGAUGGCAGCCUCGCUGCUUCGCACGCGGUUACCCCCGGAUGCACCCGCUUCAGCACCUACGGUAGCGGCGUUGGGCGCCUCAGGGACAGGAGUUUCAGAUGUCUUUGCAUUAAAGAAUGAUUUCUUCGGUUCUCCUCCAAGAAAAACUGUUCGGUUUGGUGGAACUGUGACAGAAGUCUUGCGGAAAUACAAAAAGGGUGAAACAAAUGACUUUGAAUUGUUAAAGAACCAGCUAUCGGAUCCAGAUAUAAAGGAUGACCAGAUCAUUAAUUGGCUGCUAGAAUUCCGCUCUUCUAUCACGUACUUGACAAAAGAUUUUGAGCAGCUUAUCAGCAUUCUGUUGAGAUUGCCUUGGUUGAACAGAAGUCAAACAGUGGUGGAAGAGUAUUUGGCUUUUCUUGGUAAUCUAGUGUCAGCACAGACUGUCUUCCUGAGGCCGUGUCUCAGCAUGAUUGCUUCUCAUUUUAUACCUCCCCGCGUGAUCAUUAAGGAAGGUGACAUAGAUGUUUCAGAUUCUGAUGAUGAAGAUGAUAAUCUUCCUGCAAAUUUUGACACAUGUCACAGAGCCUUGCAAAUAAUAGCAAGAUAUGUCCCAUCGACACCAUGGUUUCUUAUGCCAAUACUGGUAGAAAAGUUUCCGUUUGUUAGAAAAUCAGAAAGAACAUUGGAAUGUUACGUUCAUAAUUUACUAAGGAUAAGUGUGUAUUUUCCAACCUUAAGGCAUGAAAUUCUAGAACUUGUUAUUGAAAAGCUCCUCAAGUUGGAUGUGAGUGCAUCCAGGCAGGAUAUUGAAGAUGCUGAGGAAACAGCAGCUCAAGCUUGUGGCGGGACAGAUUCCAUGGAAGGAUUGUUUAAUAUGGAUGAAGAUGAAGAAGCUGAACGUGAAACAAAGGAUAGUCCUGAGUGGCUUGGUCAGAUGGUCCAUCCUGUAGCCGAACGCCUGGACAUCCUGCUGUCCUUGCUUUUGUCCUACAUCAAGGAUGUCUGCUAUGUGGAUGGUAAGAUUGAUAACAACAAAACAAAAGAGUUAUAUCGCGAUUUGAUAGCUGUCUUUGACAAACUCCUGUUGCCCACCCAUGCCUCCUGCCAUGUACAGUUUUUUAUGUUUUAUCUCUGUAGCUUCAAAUUGGGAUUUGCAGAAGCAUUUUUGGAACAUCUCUGGAAAAAAUUACAGGAUCCAAAUAAUCCUGCCAUUAUCAGGCAAGCUGCUGGAAAUUAUAUUGGGAGCUUUUUGGCAAGAGCUAAAUUUGUUCCUCUUAUUACUGUAAAAUCAUGCCUCGAUCUUUUGGUGAACUGGCUGCACAUAUACCUUAAUAACCAGGAUUCAGGAGCAAAGGCUUUUUGUGAUGUUGCUCUCCAUGGACCAUUUUAUUCAGCCUGCCAAGCUGUGUUCUACACCUUUGUUUUUAGACACAAGCAGCUUUUAGAUGGAAACCUUAAAGAAGGUUUGAGGUAUCUUCAGAGUCUAAAUUUUCAACGUAUAGUGAUGAGCCAGCUAAACCCUCUAAAGAUUUGCCUGCCAUCAGUGGUUAACUUCUUUGCCACUAUCACAAAUAAGUACCAGCUAGUCUUCUGCUACACUAUCAUUGAGAGGAACAAUCGGCAGAUGCUACCAGUUAUUAGAAAUACAGCUGGAGGAGACUCAGUGCAGACCUGCACAAACCCACUUGACACUUUCUUCCCCUUUGAUCCUUGUGUGCUUAAGAGGUCAAAGAAAUUCAUUGAUCCUAUUUAUCAAACAUGGGAAGACAUUAGUGCUGAAGAGCUUCAGGAAUUUAAGAAACCCAUUAAAAAGGACAUAGUAGAAGAUGAAGAUGAUGACUUUUUAAAAGGUGAAGUGUCUCAAAAUGAUUCUGUGAUUGGGAUUACACCAAGCUCCUUUGAUGCUCAUUUCCAAAGUCCUUCCAGUAGUCUGGGCUCCCCACCUAUGGUAUACACACCAGUCCAGUCCCCUCUGAUCUCAAGAAUUGGUGAUUGAGGUACAUUGCUCCUCCCAGGGUUGGCCUUCAUUAUCCAGGUUCGUACUGCUUAGGACUGUAGUAUAUAUGCAGGCAUUGUACAUUCUACUUAGACUUCACCCAUGUAUUUUUGUUGUUGUCUUUUGCCUCCCUUAUAGACAAAAAGAAAAGACUAUCAUGUGCAAUAUUUUACAGAAGGGUUAAUGGUAAGGACUGCUUGUUAAUUUAAUUUACUUUAUGUUAUUGUGUAAUUUUUACUAUCAGCACUAGCCCAUUUUAACACACUUCCUUUUUUUACAUAGGUUCUUUUUAGAGCCAUAGUCACAAAGCUUUCUUUGUCUGAUUUCAGUGAAAAAUGCUUUAUGAUAAAUCCUCUUUAAAAACUAGAAUGUUGCUGGGGAUGCUGGCGCAUACCUAUAUUCCAAACAUUCUGGAUGUUCAGACAGGAGGAUCAAGAGUUCAAGGCCAAACGUGACCUACACAAUGAGGCCCUGUCUCAAACAACAACAAUGCUAGAAACAAUGCUAAAAAACUAGAAUACUUAUUUUGGCUAUAAUGCUUACUUCCUGCUGUAAUUG